AUGAAAAGAAAAGUGGUAAAGGCUGGCAGGCUUCGACUGAGUCCCAAUGAAGAAGCCUUUAUUUUGAAGGAAGAUUAUGAACGAAGAAGGAAACUGAGAUUGCUGCAGGUUCGAGAGCAAGAAAGGGAUAUUGCCUUACAAAUAAGAGAAGACAUAAAACAGAGGAGAAAUCAGCAGUUCGCUCGUUUAGCAGAGGAGCUCAAGGCAGAAUGGGAAGAAUCACAAACUCAGAAAAUUAAGAACUUAGAAAGACUGUAUUUGGCAAGUUUAAGAAAUAUGGGAGAAGGGCAUCGGCAGGCCAAAGAAAAUGAACCCGAUUUGGAUGGUCUAGCACAGCGGGCAGCAGAAAGGAAAAGAAGAGCAGAAAUAAGGCAUAAAGAGGCUCUGAAAAUACAAAAAAAUCAGAAAGAACUAUUAAUGAGACAAAAAACUCGGCAUAUAAAAGCUCGAAAGGAAGCCCUGCUUGUGGAAAAAGAAAGAUCUGCCAAAAUCACAAGUCUGCCACCUCCUCCUCCAACUCUUUUUGAGAACAUUGAUAUAAAGAAAAUUCCUUCAAUAAAGACCAGUGGACAUACCUACCAUCAUCUUUAUACUCUUGUGAAUAGAGAGAUGGACACAAAGCAGCCAGAUCCUCAUUUGGCUGCAGAAGAAGAAGCUAAGCGUUUGGAAGAACUGCAGAAACAAGUAGCACGAGAGAGACUGGAACAGGUUGAAAAGGCGCACGUACGAGGUUUCCAUGCAAUGAAAAAGGUUCAUUUGGCUCAAAAUCAAGAGAAACUAAUGAAAGAACUCGAACAACUCCAGCAAGAGGACCUGGCACGCAGGAGACAGAACGUUGCACGGAUGCCACCACAGUUAGCUGAGCUGCCAUACAGGCGCAGUGAAAUGAAGGAUGACUGGCAGAGAGAGCUAGAAUUUGCCUUCGAAGAUAUGUACAAUGCAGACAGGAAGGUGAAAGGAGACCUGAUUUUGCACCUUGAGCCAGAGCCUUUGCCCACCGUGACUGACCAGACUCAAGAUGAGGAACUGGACCUUUCAAUGGAGCAGGAAAAUGUCAGUGGAACUGAGACUGUGCAAAUGACAGAAUCUACAAAAACAGGUCCUAGUGAAAUAGAUGUUCCUGUGGCAAUGGAAACCCAACGAGUUCCUUCAAAAAUUCUUUUUAAAAGAUUAUUAAAUAAGAUUCGAAGCCAAAAAUCUCUUUGGACAAUACCAUCCAUGUCUGAGGAUGAAAAUGAGAUGAUUACAACCACUAGUGAAAGUGAAAGUAAAGCACCUACUGUGGAAACAGGAGCAGCUGUCAGUGAAGAGCAGGCAUUCUCCAUCGCACAGGACCACGUUCUUGACAGUGAUACACUAACAAUUGAGUCAGGAGCACUCACUUCUGAGGAUAAUCCACCUUCAUACAAAACAGACUCUGAAAAUCAACAAGAAGUAAAUGAGACACAACCUAUUAUAGUUCCUGCUCAGAGUUCAGUUCUCCUUCAUCCUCAAGAAGAAGCAGCCAGAAUUAGAAUAUUGGCAAGACAGAAACAGAUAAUGGAAAUAGAAGAGCAGAAGCAAAAGCAGUUGGACUUACUUGACCAGAUUGAACAGCAGAAGUUAAGACUAGAAGCUGACUGCCUCAGAGCUCAACUAGAGGAAGAAAGGAAGAAAGCUCAGCAGGCUGAGGAUGGCAUUGCUCCAGCACCAUGCUCUGUAAUUUCUGAUGAAGAAAGUCACAGGCGGAUGAUUCGCAAUUAUCAGCAUCAGAUUGUAGAACAAAACAGGCUACACAGACAGUCUGUUGCUGCUGCGAGGAAACAAUUAAAUGAAUAUCAGACUAUGUUAAAAGAAAGGUAUCUGUCUGUGUCAUCUGCAUCAUUGAUAGCAGAUUCUGUUAUAUCAGUACCACCUCAGAAACCUGAAAGGCCUACUGUUAAGGCAGAGCAUUGGGAUCAAGUUCAGAGACCUAAGUUAAGCCCUCACAAAUGUCAACCCACACAGAGCUCCAGGUCAGAACAAAGUCAUUUUCAGCUACCAAGACAGGAUCUCUUUUUACAAAGACCAGUUGAAGCAGUGGAAACAUUAGGCACUUCAAAUAUUGUAGCCAAACAGUCUUUGGAAUCUCAAGAACAACUAAGAUUAUUGUCACAGGCUGAAAUGCAACAGAGAGAUCAUAAAUUGGUCCCUGAAGAUUCUCAUAAACUUUCAAGGGUUUUGUCACAUGAUAGACCACUAAUGUUUCAGGACACUAAAGAAAUACUUCAAACAUCUGGGGCAACAGCUUUUCAAACUUUAGAGUCCCAGCAGAUGUGUUUAGAAGACAGUCAAAGCCUGUCUUCUAGGUUAACUGAACCGUCUCUGUUUUUACCUCUGGUAGCUGAGCGUUCUUUCAGUUCUCUGCCUGGAAAAGAUGAAUUGGGAAGAAUUCCAGUACCUGUUUCAACAAGGAGCAAAAGCACAUUUUCCUUAAGUCCUCCUGUAAUAAUCAGCCAAAUGCAAGAUAGGCCUUUGCCAUACUCACAACAUAUCACAGCCCAGCAAGAUAAUUUGAAGGUUCUCCAAGAACAGCUGGAACUACAAAAGGAAGUGCUUCAGGCAAGAAAGGAUUCUCAGGAAAAACUCCUUCUACAUAAACAGAAAGAGUUGGAAGAAAAAACUGGCCUAUCCUUUAUCCCAUCAGUAGCUCCACAUUUAUCUGCUUCCCUGCCUUCUACUAAGUUAGGGAGAAUCCAGGAAUCUUCUCUAACCAAGAGUGACAGCACAGUUUACUCAGGCCGUUCUCUGGUCUCUCAUGUUCAGGAUAGCCUUUUGAAUUUUCCACAGUUCAACUUAUCUCAGCAAGAGAACCCUGCAUCAAUCCAUGAGCACUUCAGUCUUUUUAGGGACAGACUUCAGGCUAGGCGGGAAGCCCAGGAAGUACUAGGUGUUCCUAAACGGAGUGAAUUUGACAGAAACAUACCUGCUGAGCAAGCUGAACCACAGACUUUCCCAUCUCAGCAUGCAUUUACUUCACAAGCUUCCGAAGUUGAACCCAGAAACAUCCAGCAGCAGUACUCAUCAAAGAGCGAGAAAGCCAUCCUCUCGAGCCAGCCUGAAAUCUCAGUCACUCAUGAUAAGUCUUCAAGUUUCCUGCAGCAGUUCCUACCUUUGCAUGAUAAGGUAAAGUUGCUCCAAGAACAGCUGACCAGGCAGAGGGAUGCUCUUGAGGCUAGGCAUGAAGCCCAGGCAAAAUCACUUUUACACAGACAAAAGGACGUGGAAGUCGCUAAGUCUGAGCAGAUGAGAUCUUCACUCCUGACAAUGGUUGAACAAGAUUCACUUACCUUAUUAGCUUCUGCUAAAGUUGAACCUAAAGAAAUUCAGAAACUUUCUUUAUCUGAGGACAGUUUAAAUCCUUCAAGUCAUCUGGUAUUCCCAACAUUUCAAGAUAAGUCUCUUAGUUCUUCACAGCAUAGCCUACAUCAAGGAAACUUGAUAGCCCUCCAAGGGCAGUCACACAUACAAAGAAUAGUUCAAGAUACUAAACAAGAAACUCGAGAAUUUAUACCUAAACACAAUGAAGUGGACAAAAGGUUGUCUUUUGAACAGACUGACUUCUCUUCAUCCCCAUUCCAGAUAGCUGAAUCAGAAAGAUCCCAGGAACUUAUGUCACUCCAGAAUGGCAAGACAGUUCCCUUAAGUCAUUGUAUGAUCCCAAAAUUUCCAGAAAGACUUCCACAACAUAUGCCACUUCUAAGAGAAGAAUGGGAGACAGAGGCUCUUCUUUUCAGCCAGAGAGCUCAAGAAAAUACAUCUUCAGAACAACCUGGCUCUGCAUCAUUCAUACCCCAGUUAGGACAGCUUUCAUGUACUUCAUUGUCUUCUGCUGUAUCUGGUACACUCCAGGAACCUGUCUUAAUGGAAAGCAGUAAUAAAAUUCCUUCAAGCCAUCUUCAGAUCCCACAGUUGCAGGACAGACUUUUAAGGAUAUCACAACUUAUCCAGCCUCAGCAAGAAAAUUUGAAAUUACUUCAAGAACAGUUAACCACACUGAGGGAAUCUGUUGUUCAAUCUCAACAGGAAGCUCAGGAAGGAUACCGUUUCCAUGAACGAUGGAAGGAAAGAAUAUCUCCUGAGCGAGUUGAUAGCUUAUCCUCCUUACCCCAAGUAGCCCUGUGUUCUUCUGCCUCAUCAUUUACUAAAUUGGAGAGGACCCAAGAAUCUGGGCCAACUAAGAGUGAUAGUACAGUCGCCUCAAGUCAUUCCGAGGUACCAAGAUUGCCUCAUGGCCUUUUGGAUGUCUCAAAGUCUCUUUUACCUCAAGAUCAUUUAAAUACACUUCAAGAACAUUUUAAUGCACAGACAAAUGUCCUCAUUUCAAGUGAGAAAACUCAAAAAGAACUGGUUUUGCCUGGACAAUGUAAAUCUGAGGAAAGUUUAUCUUGUGAGCAGUUUGUUCAACCUCCCUAUAGUGACUUGAAAGCACUUCAACACCAGUUAGAUGUACAAAGGAGAACCAUACAAUCAUCACAGAAAAUUGAAGAAGAAUUGCUUUUACAGAGAUUAAGUAAGUUGGAGGAAAGGGUAUCAUCUGAGCAAAAGACCUCUUCGCUUUUACCUCAGGUGAGACUGCCUGUUGCUGACUCUCAGACUCAAGAGCCUUUCCUGACUAACAGUAGCACCAUUCUCUCAAAUCAUCCUGAGAUUCCAGGAAUACAUGCUAGAUCUUUGACAUUAUCCCAAUCUGUUCUGCCUCAACAAGUUAAUCCGGUAGCACUUCAAGAAAAAUUGGACUUACAAAGGGAAGAACUGAGUUCCAGUGAGAAAACCCAGGAAGAAUUGCUUUUCAGCAAACAAAACAAGUUCAGCAAAACUGAAUCUUCAGAACUGCAUACCACCUCCUCUUUGUCUUUACCCACGGAAGCAGGGCAUUCAUUUCUACCGCUUCCUUUUGCUGAAACUCAGCCGAAAAGAAUUUAUGAGUCAAAUUCAUCCAACAGUGAGCAAAAGACUUUCUCAAGUAGUUCUAUGAUCCCCAAAUUACAAGAUAUUCUGCAUUUUUCACAGCCUGUCUUAGCUCAGCAAGAUAACUUAGGACUUCAGAAGCAGUUGAAUUUUAAUAAAAAAUCCCAGGAAGAAGUGCUUGUCCACAGACAAACAGUACUGCAGCAGCAAAUACAGAAACAUCAAGAGACCUUGAAGGAUUUCUUUAAGGACAAUCAGACAAGUAACUUUACAGUUGAAAAUUAUUUAAAAACCCAGAAGCAGCAGCUUGGACAGUGGUUUCCUUUUCUUCAGGACGUGGCAAAAGAUGGUCAGGCAGAUGAUACAGAUAGGAACAACUCUGAUCACAGUCAACUGCUUUCAGAUGAUCCUAGUACAAAGGAAAGUGGUAAGCAUCUGGACAAAGAACUAGGUAGGAGACCCACAAAGCCACCUUUAGCAAAAGUUAAAAGAGGAUUAAACUUGAAUCAGCAUGAACUUAGUGCUAUACAAGAAGUAGACUCACCAGGAAGUGCCAGAACAUCUAUACAAGGUAAAACAUAUUUUUAUCAAGACAGAGACCCAAUGCGGGUCUCAAUAAGCCGCGAACAAAAUUUUCUUGAUAGCUCGUUGGACUUUGAUUCAUUUAGUCGUCUUCAACCAGUUGCUCAGAAGACUGUCAGCGGUGAUGACUAUGAGAAAGCAGCCAAAGUCAAGGAUUCAACUGCUGAGAAUCAUGAAGUAUUAAGUCACACAGUAGAAGAGCAAGAACAUACAUACUCAAGUUCAACUGUGAAGUCAGAUGAUAAGGUUAGGAAUCUUUCUCAUGAACCGUUAUCUUCAUUUACUAUUUCUACCAGGAGCCUUUGCAGUUUUGAAAAUCCAGAACUGAGUCUUGCAGACACAGUGUCACCUGCAGAUCAAGUGGAGCAUAGAUCACAGCAGUCUACCUCUAGGAAGGAAGAAGGAACACCUCUGAGCUCCCUCCAGCUCACCUCCAGCUCGGUCCCUCCAGUGCAAGCCAUUAAUCAAGGGCAGGACUCAUGGGACAUCCACAAGGCGCAGUCACCUGCAGCGCAAGAAUUAACAUCUGGCCAAAGACAAGUUCAGCAGAUCAUAGACAAGUACAUAAAUGAAGCAAAUAUGAUGCCUGGAAAACAAGAUUUUAAAGAAUUGGAACACACUUUCCCAAAUUUGCAUCACCAGCUCUUUAAACCCUUGGAACCGCAGCUCGACUUUGAUUUGUUAUCCUUAUCCUCGGGGAUUUCUCAAGACAGCAGAGACUUCUACAAGGGUUCGGAGUCUUCACCUGAAAGCCUCCACGGUACUGUGUCACCCCAGAGUUCAGUCUCCUGCACAGCACUGAGGAGAAGCCUGCAUUCUUCUCUUAGCUUGGGUCUAAACCAACACCCUGAGCCUAACUUUGUUCAUGUUGCAGCCCAAGGUUUUGUGACGGAGAGCAGUAGUAAGGGAUCCACACAGUCUUUUCAGCAACUUCUGCCAGAGAUCUCAUCGCAGGAUGAGAGCCAGCAUGCCGACCUACCAAGUGUUUGUAGCAUUGAAGCUGGAGACUUUGCCCGAUGCAUGGAAAAUCAGAACCAGUCCUCUGAAGAUACACCACAAAUUAUGGAAAAAGAUGUUCAUUUCCCAGUCUCUCUAGAAAAUUUGCUAAGUUCAUCUCAUGAUGGUCAUGGAUUUAAUCAAUUACAUGUUCAACAUAGCACUCCAUGUGGCUCUACCUCUAGCGAGUGCUCAAGAACAGAACCAUUAGAAGACAAAAAGAGAUCCUGCUUUAAAGACUUGUCUGAAGAAGGGCUUCAGGCAGUAGUACAGAACCAAGCACUUACUGAAGAUGAUAAUCAAACUAGUGGGGUUUUGGACACAAAUCCACAUGCAGAAGAAAGUUGCUCUCAAUCAUGUGAAGGAACAGGAGAGAUGGCAAGUUCAGUUCAGGCACCCUGCUCAUUAACUAUUCAAAAUGAAAAAUACCUCAACAAUUCACAUCGAACAGAAACUCCAGAAAUCUUAAGAAACUUCUGUCAACCAGCACAGUCAGAGAUGUUUCAUACCUCUAUCCCAGUCUGGGAGACAGAAUCUGGCCAAGGGAUAAUGGAAGAGCCAGAACUCACGUUAGUAAGCACCAGUGAUAUCAGUAUAGCUGAAGCAGAUUUAGAGAACCUAACUCUAGAAGAAAACGUCAAAGAGGAGAAAGGCUGUUUGCAGAGUGAAUUUCUGCCUCUUGUACCAGAAACCUCUGAAUGCUCAUCUCUACCAGAGAAUUCUGGAGUGAAGUCACUCAUACACUCUACAGAGACAAAUGCACACACAGCUAUGCCUGAAAAUUUACAAGAAGCCUUUUUAAGAAAGAAAUCAUUUAUAGAGAGAUCCACUCAAAGGCAGAAAGAAAUUAAGGAUAGAGCUCAUGUUACUGAAGAUGCUCAGACCCAACCAGUUGACAAGUUGUGUGCAGGUUCUGCAAGUCCCUUCAAAGGUGUAAAUACAAUUAGAGUGUCCAUCCCUGAAGACAGAACAACUGCACAAGUCUGCAUGUCCCAGAGGGCACUGAAGUCAUACAAUGAGUUAGCUGAUGGCAAAGAGCAAAGACAAGAGAAAGGAAGACAAGAAACUAAUGCCCAAAAUAGAGCAAAAGCCAGAGAAUUUCAAAAGAAAACACUAGAGAAACUUCGAGCCAAAACUAUAUGCUGA